AUGCUCCGACGGCUCAUCUUCGCCCUCUUAUCCACCCAUCUGGCUCUCCCCGUACAAGCCAGCCUCAAAGAUCUAUCUCACUGCGAUCCCCUCAAAAAAGACGCCCACUGUCCGCCUGAUCCCGCACUCGCCAGCAAAAUCACCUUUGACUUCACCAAAUCCACCUGGGGCGACCAAUUCACCUCCUUCUGGACCGUCGACUCUUCCACGUCCCAAGACAAACGCCAACUAAUCUUGAACGACACUGAUGGAAAAGGCGCCGCAUUCACCAUCUGGCAGGACGGCCAGGCUCCCACCUUAACCAGCAACAAAUACAUGCUCUUCGGCAAAGUCAGAGUUCAAGCUCAAGCCGCCAAAGGCCCAGGCCUCAUCACCGCCAUCGUCCUCAAGUCGGACUCGGGAGACGAAAUCGACUGGGAACUCCUCGGCGCCUUUGAGAACCAAGCCCAGACAAACUACUUCUUCGACGGCGAGCCCCUAUUCAACACCUACAACACAACCUACCGCCUCGACACAUCCUCCUUCGCCUCCGCCCACACAUACGGCAUCGACUGGACCCCGACCUACAUCAACUUCUCCAUCGACAACGUCGUCCGCAAGUCCUGGCGCAUCGGCGACAACGCAAUCCCCGCCUACAAGUGGCCCCAGACUCCCAUGCAAGUCAAGCUCGGCAUCUGGUCCGUGAGCAACGGCAGCGACCCGGGCACCGUCGUCUGGGCCGGCGGGCUGCCCGAUUGGAGUGGCCGCGACGCCGAGAAGAAUCCCUACAGGGCCUACUUCAAGACGCUCGAGCUGGAGGACUACGCCGGCGGCUGCAACGAGACCCAGAAGGGCGCCGAGAUUGAGUACCUGUACAAUGAGCGCACAAACGGCUGGCAGAACAUCCAAGUCAAGGGCUGUGUCAAGAGGACAACCCCCGGCGCCUAUCCUCCUCCUCUGCCGUCUUCGUCCAUCGGCUCUCAGCCUUCGCAUCCUUCAUCUUCUUCUCCUGGCCCUACGGAUGCCUCUGGCGCGCCGUCUCAAACAGGCGAGCAGAAUCCAAAUGAAUCCGAGAGCAGCGGAGAUGACAGUGACAGUGCUGCGCUGCCAAACGGGAGGCCAUCUUCACCCCUUGGCGCCGUGAUUUUCUUACUUUGGCUUCUUUCCAUUUGA